GCUCUGCCUGCCGGGGCCGCCCGGCCCCGCCGCACUCGCCGCGGAGACCGAGCGGAGCGGAGCCGCAGCCCCCAGCGCCAUUGCCGCCCGCAGCCCGCCAUGGCAGGAGCUGUUGAUGGGAAGGACGCGCUGAUGUCCCAGCUGGAUUUCUGAGCUCCUCAGUGACUCCUGGAGCUGCUGCUGCUGCUGCUGCUGGAACAAGGAGCUGUCCUUUGCUCUUGGGCUGUCCCAGAGGCACCUCCUGGGUGCUGCAUGCAGGUCCUGGACGUGCUGGACACCAUGGGGAUUGGCAAGAACACCACGGCCAAGUCGGUGGAGGCAGGAGGGGGCUCCACGGAGGGCAAAUACGAGGAUGAGUCCAAGCACCCCACCUUCUUCACCCUGCCUGUUGUGAUAAACGGCGGGGCCACGUCCAGCGGUGACCAGGACACAGAGGACACGGAGCUGAUGGCCAUCUACACCACGGAGAACGGCAUAGCAGAGAAGCAUGCCUUUGUUCCCGCUGCCCUCGGGGAGCGCUCGCUGGUUCGCAGCCCUGGUGUCGCUCGGAGCUGCUCCCGAGUCGUUGUGUGGUAG